AUGUUCAUCUUUCGACUUCCAGUGAUGGAUAAUGUACCCAUUUAUAUGGGAAAAAUAGGUAAUGACCCUGAAGAAGGGAUAACAAUGUUAUUUGUAUUACCAGAAAUUAAAAAGUACCUAAACACCAUGGAAUCAGGAUCAACAUUUUUGAUGGAUGGUACAUUUGCUGCAACUCCAUCAUUUAAACGGGAGUGUAUAACCUUUAACACUGUAAGUUAUGCUUAUGUAUAA